AUGAAGUUCAUGCCCAUCCUCCUUGGCCUCGUAGCCACCAGCAUCGCUCAGCCCAUCGCCAAGCGUGCUGUCUUCACACAAUCAACAUAUGACGAUCUAUCCAUCAGCGGCGGCACUGCAGGCAAUGCCCAACAAGAAGCUCUACAGAAGCUUGGUGGCCUACCUAACGACCUGUCAACCGUCGAGAAGGCCGACCUCGAUUUCCUGAACAGUGUCAACCAAAUCGCGAAUGACGCGGAGAAAGACGCGUUUAACCCUGCUAUUGAGGCAGCCUCUGGAGAGGAGGCUGACGCCCUCCAGCGAGGAAAAAUUAAGAACAAGGUCCUGAAGCUUACUGCUACCAUUCUGAAGCUCGAGGCACAGCAGGCCCAGGGUGAUGAUGUCGCUGAUAAACUGGCGGAUGAGAACAAGAAGCUACAGAACAACAUCUCACAAGAUAAGGAAGCUGCAGGCCAAGCCUCUACAUUUCUCCCAUUCAAUGCCAGUACAUAG